AUGGGCUUCUUGCAAGAUUAUAUACAAAUGAAUCUGAGAGGAGGAGGUGCAUGCUGCGCUAAAUUAAUAAAAAAGGAAAGAAGGCUAAUGGCCUAGAAUAAAGACAACAUUAUCUUUGCUUUGAAGGAAAAUGCUAAUAAAUUAGUGCUAUUAUCAUAAAAAUUUGAAGAGGCUCCUUAAUUUUAGGAAGAAGCAAUAGAAGUUAUGAGCACAUUAUUCAGUUAGAAUAAAAAUUUGUAACAACUAUAUAUUAGAACAAAUAUGUGCUAUUUAAUUACAAUGGAAAAUGGGAAUGAUAUUUAUAACAUCCAAUUGGAUUGUCUCACAUCCUUAUAAGCCUUUAUCAAACAUUAAACUAUUAAGGCUCAUGAAAUGAUUUAAUUCUGUCUUGAUUUAUUCUACAUCAUAUAUUAAUUUCAAAUAAGACUAAAAAAUUCCUUUUUGAAUCAUUAACAUCGUAAUUAAUAUGCUACUGCUAUUGAAAACCUGUAAAAAGCAGCAAAAGCACAAAAUCUUUUCAUUUAUGAAAUAUCAAUUAUUGAAAUUGCCUAUAAAAAUUGUCGAAAGGAUGAAUCUCCUCAUUAAUUGACUCGGAAGGAUUUAUUCAAUAGUCGAAAAACAUUCGAUGUGCAUAUAUUGUUUCAAGAAAAUCAACAAUUAUUAAAUUAUAAUUUUGAUUCAAAUGAGAAUGAGAAAGAGAAAGAGAUCAAUCAUUUUGAACUGCAUUGCUUUUAUUAAAUCAUAAAAUGGGCCGUAAUCUUGUAGGUUUAGAUCCCAAAUCAACCAACACUUCAAAUUCCGAUAAAGAUUCUUGAAUACACCUUUUCUUAGCAUUUAUCACAUGAAUACCCCUUACUUCUGACCAAAUAUUGGAUCCAAAUAAUAUUCGAUCUAAUCGCUUAAGCACAAUAUCAACCUAUUUAAGGUAAUAAGAAUUCUAUGUUGGUUCAUAAUAAAUUUUAGGAAUUAUCAAAAUUUCUAAUCGAAUCCUAUUUGAAAUUCUACACAGAACUUAAAGUAAAGGACAAGAACAGAGAAAACCUAAUAAUUGAUCCCUAUUAUGAAGCAAUCAAAUUUUUAUCAAAGUAAAGUUAAUCCUUAAAAUAUGUGAUUAACAAAAUAAAUUUACUAAUUUAGAAGUUUAAAAAUUAAUCAAAUUAAUAGCUGUUGACCAGUUUGAAAAAAUAAUACUUUAAGUUUGUUUACAUAACAAAUGAAAUCUACUAAUCUAUUGCUUUGGAAGUAUAAAAACUUAAAUUAGUAAACACCAAUUAAUCCCAGGAUUUCGAGAAAAAAUGUUUUGAAGAAUAUAUUAAGGAAAUUCACCAGAGUAAUUAAAGGAUAUUUGAAUAGAUAAUUGAGAUAGAAAAAUAAAUUAAAAAUCCUAAUGGCCACAUUAAGACCUGUGAAAAAAUUAAGUUUCCAUAAAUUAUUUAUUCUUUGAUUGAUAUACUCAGAACACAGAAAGAAAAUUAAUACUUUCAGUUCUCCAAGAAAUAAAGACAAAAAAGAUUGGCUAGUGGCGGCAAUCCACCUUAAGGCAAAGAAGUCAUCAAUAUACAAGUUCCUAUCAAAUCAUCUAUAUCAAUGGUAAUUUCAAGAUUUUCCAAUGGCUUUUUAAAUUAAAAGGAAAUAAGUUAAAUCAAUAACGACACAAGCCUUACACUGAGAUCUGACCAAUUAAUUUCAUUAGAGGAUUUACAAAAAUUAUAAAUAAACUGUUUCAAAUGGGACUUGAUUUUGAAAAACAGAAGCAAGCAAAAGUUGAACAAAAAAAAAAUUUUAGAUGAAUAUAGGAAAGGAAUGGAUAGGCUAGAUCUUCCUAAAACUCAAUAUUGGAAGAUAUUGAAGGACAAUCUCAAUUUCUAAGAAUAAGAAAUAAAAAUGAAUAUAGAAGAUGUUAACGUUAAUAUUUAAUCAUUAAUUAUUUUAAAAGAAAAGGUGAAUAGAUAUAUAUAUGAUGUUAUUCAGGAACCUAAAUAAGAGUAAUUAAAAUUCAUACUUAACCAAGCUUUUUAGGAUCUGACAAAAUCAAUUAAGGAUUUAAAUUUGGAUGGAUUAAAUAGAAAUAUUGAAAUGAAUAAUGCGAACAGAAUUCCUGAUAUAAAUGAACAAAUAACAUUUGAUGAAUUAAAUAAAUUAGAAUUAAACUAUUUUACAUUACCAAAAAUUAAAAACAAGAAAUUAGAUAAUGAUGAUCUCAAUUUUAUCAAUAAAAAAUUGAGCUAUUUAUCUGAAAUUGAAAGUAUAAUGAAUAAAAGUUUUAUAAGAAAUUCACAAGUGAUUCUUAAAACUGAAAUCGCAUGUGAAUAUAUGCCAAAACAGUUUGUGAUCAGUUAGAUUCUUGAAAAAGACUCUAGUUCUAGAUUAUUCAAAAAAAAUACUCUGCCAGACUGGAAGAAAUCAAUUAAAGAGUUGACUAGCAAUACUUUAGUUAGUGUGUUGAAAGAAUUGCUUGAAGAUGUGCAAUCAUUAUAAGCUGAAGUAAGAUAGUUAGAUGAGGAAACUAAAAAUCACAUGAUUGAUCUUAAUGAUUUGAUAAAUAAUUUUAAAAAUACAUAGGAACUGAUGACAUUUUUGGAUAGAAAAGAAGAUGAAGCUUUGAAGCUGUAUUAAGAAAUAUAGCAAUUCGUCUCAAUGAUGGAAUAUCAACAAAAGCAGCAAAGAAAAAAAAACAACAAAAUUGUCGAGAAAAGAAUUGAGCCGGCUAGUGGUUAUUAAGAGUGCAUUUAACUUUAUAAAGUAGAAUAAUUGAGCAGAAAGAUGCAUAUUGAUACCUGUUAAUGUUAAAUAAAUCCAAUAUAUGUUGAAUAAAGAUUCAAAAUUAAAAAGUAUAAUGAAUAAGAGAAAAUCUCUUAAGAGUUAAUUUAUGUAAAUUCCCUAAAAAAAUUUGAAUUCGAGUGUUAUCAUGAGGUCAAUGAGUUUCUUUAGAAUGCCUAAGGAUGGUGUGAAGUGUUAUUACUUUUUGGUUCUUAGGGAUCUGGCAAAAGCCGAGAGUUAAGAAUUAUAUAAAAUAAAUUAUGGGAACAAUACCAAUCAUAGAGAUGGAUUCCAAUUUUUAUAUCUUUAUCUUCAGACCCAUACUCAGAGAAUAAUAAAUUAUUUGUUGGCAAAUUAAAGUAGAUAUUUAGAAAUGAUUAAUACUAUAAUGAUUUUGUAAAGGCAGUCAACUCCCAAUAAAUAAAGGUGUUAUUUUUACUAGAUGAUAUAGAUGAAGUAAAAAUAGACAUAGUAAAAUAGAAUUUAAUUAAACUUAAUUUUCAACAUUUAGAUAUUAAUAUCAAAUUGAUUGGUAAAACAGUGAAAUUCGUUGCUUCAGCAAGAUCUGAACUUAAAGACUUAUAAAAUUACUAGUUAUAUUUCUCCUAUAAUCAUAACCACAUAAAUUUGAUUACUGAAAUCUAAUUAUUGCCAUUUAAUGAUGAUUAAAGGUAACAAUAUUUUUAAUUGAAUCACUAAAUAAGCAUCAAAAAGAUAUUAUUUAAUCAUUUUAUCCAAUAACAUUAAAACGAUGAAGGAUUUGAAAAUAUCUGGAUAGACCUUGAAUAAGAAAUUUAGAAAUUCAUUAAGCAACAAGAGCGUGAACUCAAAUAUCUAAUGAAUCCAAAUGAUAAUUACUUGGAUUUAUAAUAAGCAAUCAUAAGGAGUAAAAUGAUAGAAAAUAUAUAACAUGACUUUUUUUAAAAGAUCGUUUAAGAUAUAUCUAAACUAAGAAGUACAAUGAAUUAUAUGGAAAUUAUAAAGAAUCAUCAAUUUGAAAAUCUCACUUAAACACCAUUAUAGUUAGAAAUUUUUGUUUUGUAAUUGUCCACUUUGCGAACCGCAUUCAAAGAUAGAUAUUUUAAAGAAUAACUAAUAAAAUCCUAUUCUAGGUUGAAGUAGAAAUAUUCAAACUCUUCCACAUAACUUCAAAGCUAUCGUUAUACGUAAUCUCUUAAUAUCCCAUCUUUAAUGUAGAUAAAAAUGGAUCCUGAAUUUGAAGGUAUUGACGAAAACCUAUCGAAAGCGUUAUAAAUAUUGGAAUAAUAAAAAUUUUUUAAAUAAUAUCAAUAUUUCAAUAUUCUAAAGGGUGAUAAUAGAGGAAUUCAAAUGGAUAAGGAUGUUUUCGCUAUCAAAAAUGAUUCAAUUCUUUUGAUUGAUGCAUUGAGGGCUAAUAAUUUGACAAUGUAUUAAAUUAUUGCAACCUUUGUAGAUGAAUUAAACAUAAAGUAUGCUAAAUAACUUGAAGAUGAGAUAGAAUCAUAUGAAUUUCAUCAAGUACUCUAGGAGAUUGACACUAAAUGUGAAAAUUUGGCAUUCUAAAUGACAAUAAACAACCUUAUAGCAACAAAAUUGAGUUUAAUACAAGAGGAUGAUGAAAUAGAGGAACAAUAAAGCGAGUGUGAAUAACUGCACUAUAAUCCUUAUUUAGUUAUUAAAUAAGGAAAUAUCUGUAGCUUUAAAUAUAAAAUUAUACAAGAAUAUUAUUUCGCUCGCUUCUUGAAAAGGCUUCUAAUCGAUGAAAGAUAAAUAAAUAUAAUAUGUAAUAGUGAUUUAAAUCAAAUCAAUCUGACAGGUAGUAAUUUUACAGGGGCCUUAAAUGUUUUGAAGGAUGACCUUCGAAAAACUGAGAAAAUCAAGGAAAAACUAAUUAAAAUCAUAAAAAUGUCCUAAGAUUCUAAAUAUAUGCGGGUUUCAUCAAAUUGCAUGUAUUUGAUAUCUUUCCUGAAUUUCAAUCUUGGGGGAGAGGACCUUUAGAAAAUUGAAUUAUCAGAUACAGAUAUUUCUGGAAUCAGUUUUUUUAAUUGCAAUUUAAGUGGAUCUGUUUUUAGAAAUGUGAUUAUCAAUAGAUGUAACUUUGACUUUGCUAAAUUAAAUAAUGUGAAGUGGUAUAAAAUUUAAAUAGCAGAAACUGCAAACCUUUUUCAAAAUGAGAAAGUAGAAUAAGUAGUUUUUACUCCCGAUGGAAACUAUAUGAUUUCUCUGAGUGUUCUAGUGUUGAAAAAAUGGGAUUGUAGAACUUACGAACUAAUUAAUUAAGUGUAAAACCCAGAUAAGGAGGAUCAUUUUCAAUCUGUAGCAAUAUCUAAUAUCCAUUUCGGCAAAUAAACAUAAUAUGUAGCAACUUGUUCUUAAAAAGAGAUCAUUUUGAGGGAUUUUAAAACUUUGGAGAACAUCCUAUAUCAGAAACCAAUAGAUUUCACUCCUGUCAAUGCGUUGCAGUUUUCUCCUGAUGCAGAAAUAUUGGGUAUAGUUGACCCUGAUGGAUGGUUAAGAUGUUGGAGGGCUGACGGAUAAUCACUUUAAACUAAGUACAUUGGAAUAGAACAUCUAAUCAGACAUUCCCCAUAACCUAUAUUCUAAAUAAACAAUUUAGCAUUUAAUGAAAAUAAUAGUUACUUCUUGUUUAAAGGGAAUAAGAACUUAAGAUUAUUUGAAUUAUAAAGUUCGAGAGAAUCUCUGGUAUAAUCAAUUGAAGCUGAUUUAUUUAAUGCUUCAUUGAGUGGAAAAACCUUUGCAAUUGCUAAUAUGGAAGAUGUUAUUUUUUAUAACUGGUAAGGCCAGAAUUUAAUUGAAACUUAAAGGAUAAAUUUCAGAUUUUAAAUUUUGUAGUUCAUAACAUUCAACUCCAAACUGGAGAUUGGCAUAUAAUUUCAAGAGGAUUUAGUGCUGUGGAAUACUCAAGAUAAUUGUAUUAAUAGGAUAUUUAAAGGCUAUUAAAAAACCCAGUGUUAUAAUAUUAAUCCUGAAAUGAAUGUUAUUGCCUAAUGGAAUGACAUUAAAGAGAACAUCAAAAUGUAUAAUAUGAAUGAUAUAAACCCAAAUAAGUAUUAUUAAAUUUUUGAUAAUGAAGUAUUAAAAGCAGAAUUCUCAUAUAAUGGGUAGUUGAUCAUUUUAUAGCUUUAAUCCAAAAUAAUAUUUUGGGAUUGCCCGAACGAUGAAUGCAUCAACAUUUUAAAUGAACAAACUUAAUUCUGCUUUUCCCCAAAAGGUAAUUUAAUGGUUACAAAAUAGUCUUGUCAUGGUAUUAUUUUGUGGGACUGUUCCAACAUUUACGAUUUACAACGCUUAUAAAUAAUUCGUGAUAUCUAUUCGUUUCAGAAUAUUUUCUUUUCCAGUAAACAAGAAUUAUUAGCACUUAUAACAGACGAUCGAGAACUAAUGAAGACAUGGAAAGUGCCAUCUAUUAUCCAUGCAAACAAUAAUUUCAAUCAAUAAAUCGUCAUCGAUUCAGAAUUCGGUGACAUAGUCUGUAUUGCCAUCUCUACUGAAGUUCAUUAAAUUGCUUAUGUUGGGAUUAGAGAACCAAGGAGUAUUAAUUUAUACGAUCAAGAAAAAGGAGUUAUAUUAAAAAAACUGAAUCAUUCUCAAUAGAUUUUGUCAAUUGAAUAUUCUUACAAUGGAUAAUUACUUGCAUCAAGAAGCUAAGAUGAUUCUAUUAAAGUUUGGUAUAUAAAAUAGUCAGGUUAAAUUGCCAUUCCCUUAAGGAUCAAAUAUAAUCCAAAUUUAUUAGAUAAUUAACAUAUCUGUACUUGGAUUCCUAAUAGACAAUUAAUUAUAGCAUCCAAUGAAGGAGAUCAAAUAAUAUUAUGGGAAAUGUUUUAUUCUAAUUAUGACACAUUAUUGGAGAAGAAGGUUUAGUUCACAUAGGAAAUUGGCAAUUAAAAUAUAGAAUUUAAAAUUUACUCCAAAACUUAACUUGUUGCUAAUGAAUGCAAAAACUAGGAAUGCCUAUAAGUUUCAUUUUCACCAAAUGGGAAAUACAUAGCAGCAUCAUAUUUUCCAUUAAACAACAUAAGUUUUGAAGAAGCAGAAAGAAAUACAAUAAUAAAUAUAACUCCAAGGGUAGUAAUUUGGAAAUUGGAUGAUUAAACUGUAGUCUAAUCUUUUGUGCUUACUUUUUGGUAGACAUUUAAUUUUUCUCCAGAUUCAUCAUCUAUUGUAUCUCUUGAGUAUGAUCAGGUAAAUGAGACUAACUAACUUAAAUUUGAUCCAAUAAUUCGAAAUGCUGAUACUGUCCCAAUUUAUAUAUAGAUGGGAUUCAAUCAUCCCUUUAAUCAUGUGGUAUUCUCUCCUAAAUUACCAAUUUUUUUAGCCGUGAGGGAAGAAAAAGGUUUUAUCAAUCACUUUGUAUUAUUCUCAAUUAAUGGCCAGUAACUAAGCUUAUUCGACUAUUUUCAAAUUCCUUAUGGACUAGCUAUCGCUUUUAGUACAGAUGGUGAGUUCCUAGCAUAUUCAGGGAGAGAUACUAUCUUAGUAAAGUAAAUAUAUAAUGUCGAUUUUCGGACGGAAGUUAGAAGUCUUAAAGCAGAAUAUAAUUGGUCACAAGUGAUUUCUUAUAAAUUUGAUAACACUUUCUUUGCAUUUUGUAAUGACAAAAAAUAAUUUAUCUUGUCUACAAAUUAAUAAACAGUUUAAUAUGAAAAUAAAAUUCUAAAUUUUCAGAUUUUUUCUGUUUCAUUUGAUUUGAAUAAUAAUACGAUGGCAUGUGGAGGUGUAGGAGGAGAACAAGAAUAAGGCUUCGAAAAAAGAUAAGGAGUUGUUAAAAUAAUAGAUAUUCACAAUUUAGAGGACCCUUAUGUUGUUCAAAACAUAUUUUUCUCAUACAACAUUAUUCAUGUCUUCUUUUCCGAAAAUGGGACUCACUUAUUAAUUUAAGAGUAAGAUUAUUAAAUGUAUUUGCUUAACAAAUAAGAAAAGAAUGAUCAAUAUUAGAUUGUGUUUAUGCUAGAUUAUGCAGUAGGUAUAUUAAAUGCUUCUUUCUCAUCAAAUUACAACGAUUUCAUCAUAUUAAUAAAAGGUGGAAAUGUCUUUUAUUAUAAUUUUAUUGAUUCAUCUUUAAGAUUAUAAAAUGAUAGCGAUAAUAAUUCAAAGACUCUAUAUAGAUUGAAAACAAUACCUAAAUACUAUGUUAUGUAAGCGAUGAAGUGCGAAAUGGAAAAUGCCCAAAUUUUUACUGAAAAAAGUUCAUUAUCAUAAUUAUUUAAAUAUUAUGGUGCCAAUUGA